AACAAUCUUUCUACCCUUCAACUCUUUCCUAUCCUCAAAUUUUCUACCCUCAAAUUACCGGAAGUUAUCAACGUAGGAAUCACCAUCUCCACCUUGGAUCUGUGGAUCUCCCCAUAAAGUUUCAUCUUUGCUCUGCAUCUACCCAUUUCAAAAUUAUUUUUUGAGAUGAAUCUGCUUUCUAGGUGAAUCCCCUCCCUCUGCUGCCUCAGUGCCUCAGUGCAUUCUAAUCGUCGGCUAAAGAUUUAGAUUUCUUUUUCUUGCUCUUCUUUGUGGAUGCUUGGCUGGGUGCUGUAUCCAAAUCCAUAUCUGCAUCUCCAGUAGAGGCCGACCAAUGGGGGCUCGAAAGACAAGAUAUCUAAGUGCAGAAGAACACUUCAUAGCUCAUCAAUAUGUCUUACUAAAUUGUGAGGAGGUUCAACCUAUUUUAAGUUGUCAGGGGUUCAUAUUGUUUGGAAUCUAGACCUCAAGACUUGAGGUUGCAUCUAGUACAAUGGCAAAACAUGGAAAAUUUUCAAUUGAUGCUAAGGCUCGUACUAAAACAAAACAUAUGAGAAGAAGAAAGAAGAUAUCUAAGGGGAGAAAAUGUGAAGCUCAAGGUUUGGAACAUCAAGAUUUUGAGCUAUUGAGAAAUUCUGCAACUGCAUCUGCUUCAAAAGAACAAAAUGUUAAGCUAUUGAGAAAUUCUGCAACUGCAUCUGCUUCAAAAGAACAAAAUGUUAAGCAGCAUGAUAGGACCCUGAUGUCUCAGCAUAACAAUAAACGCAAGGGUAAAGGAAUUGCUCUUCCACAAUCUGAAGAACUCAUAUUGCAACCUCCAUCAAUGACUAUUUUAGAAGAAGAUCAUAUGCAAAUACAAAUGAUUCCUACGCCACCGAACAUUGUGCGACGAGAGUUACAUGAUACUGAUUCAGAGCGUACAAUAUCAACUGGUCCAAGCACAAGUAAUAGCUAUAUGGCAGGAGGACCAUCAAGGAGCAGUUCUGAACUAAGCAGUCGCAAUAAGACCUUUAUUCAUCCUAUUGGCAAUACAACAUUCGAACCUAGCAGUGUGCACACAAAUAUUAUGCCUUGCAUUAAUCGGAUAUUCCCAGAGGCAGUUAAUACUUUUAAAACUGCUCCUCAACAUCUUAAGGAUGUUUGGUUUAAUGAAUUCAAGAAACGACAUGAAUGGGAUCCUAAUGAUGAGGAUACUGUUCGGAUGAUAUUUGAGAAAAAGGCUGCUAAAUUGCUUGCUGACGCGUUAAGUGAUGUGCGCACAAGAUUGGCAUCAGGAAAUGGAGUACCAGGAUGGAUAUCUGAUCCUGUAUUGGCCCAAUACCAUGUCAUAUGGAACAGCAAUGAAUUCAAGAAGAUAAGUGAGAAGAAUAAGCGUAAUAGGAACUCAGAUUGUGGAGGAAUAGGUCCAUCAUUACACACUGCAGGUUCUAUCCCUAUCACCGAACAUAGAAGAAGACUAAAAGAAAAGCUUGGAAAGGAGCCUACUUAUACAGAACUAUUCAAUGCUACACACACACUUAAACGAGGAGGAUAUGUAUGCCGAAAAGCGCAGAAAGUAAUUGAAACAGUGACUGAAUUGAAGCAAAAACAACCUGAAAUGAUGGAAACAACAGUGUGGUUAAAGGCCACUGGUGGCGUGAGGAAAGGGGGGGUCCGUUUCAGGAUUUGGGUCGGAUACCCAACAUUACUUCCCGGAGGCUAUGAUACACCGGAAAUCAAAGAUCGGGCCAUCAACUUCACAUGCAUCUUGCGAGGCUCGAAUUAAGCAAUUAGAAUAUCAAAAUCAAGUAAUGCAUCAAAAGCAAAAGGAUAUGGAAGAGCAAUACCGUAGUAUAUGUGAGACUGUCAAAAAUAUGGAAUCAGCAUUUGCCAACUUUAGUGCACAUCUUAGUAGUCCUAACUUGGAUGGUAUUCGCAGUGACGAUGAUACACAGCCCCCCUCCGAUCAGUCCGAGGAUAAUACACUAUCCCCCACUCUAAUCAAGAUUAGAUAGUGUAGUAUUUGAAUGUUUUUAACAUGUAUUUUGGGUGGUGAAACAAUUGCUACAACCUUUUUUUUUUUUAAAGCACAAUUGCUACAACCUUAUUUAGCAUGUUUAGCUAAUAUUUUGACAAAUGUAUUUUUG